AUGCAUAUGCUCAAGGGAUUACUCGUAGUGGUCUGCCUGGCAGCCAUUGCCAGCGCCAAGCCCCACCAGGCCAAGAGCGGCCAGAGCUACCAGCUGUUUGGCCGGCAGCAGCGCGAUGAGCCCGCCGCCCAGGGUCGCCUGAGUGCCACCCAGCUGACGACCAUCCUCAACAGCCUGAAGGGCAGCGCCAGCAGCACCACAGUGGCGCCCACCUCCACCAGCCCCACGGGCACCACCACCACCACCAUCUCGCCGCAGUCGCCCACAACCACCACGAGCACUUCCACCACCAGCCCCACAACCAGCCCCACUGCCACUGGCACAACAUCGCCCACAACCACAGCGGGAACCACCCGUCAGCUGGGGGCCAGCGAUGACGACGCAGCGGAGGAGGAGGCGGAGCACUUCAAUGACCACCAGUUGGCCGGCUUUGAGCUCGACGACGAUGAGGAGCAGGACGAUUCGCAGGUUGUGGCCGCCGCCGCCGCCCGUGCCACCCGCAACAGCUCCAGCCGCCGUCGCCAGAAUCGUCUGCGUCGCCAGCGCCGCCAGCAGCUGCGCAAGCAGAACCAGCGCCGUCGCCGCCAGCAGCAGCAGCAGCAGCGUCGUCGCCAGAAGCGCCGCCAGCAGCAGCAGCAGCGUCGCCGCAAGCAGCAGCUGAAUCGCCAGCGCCAGCGUCGCAACCGUCGCCAGAACCAACGCCUCACCAAGCGCUUCCGCCAGGCCACGCCCAACAGGAACCGCCGCAUCCGCGUGCGCAACUAA